CGAUCAUCGGAUUCGGGUGUUUUCUAAAAAUUUCUUCCAGAAAAAAACAGUUGCACAAACAAACAAGUGUAAAUUUUGUGCAAUAUUUUGCAUUUCUCUGCAGAAAAUGAGCGAAAUUGUCGAUGCCAAGCUGCUUAUAGAGCAAGGAGACGUCGUGGGGGUUUUAAAAGCGAAAUAUUUUGCGAUUAAAGAAGCGAUUUCUGACGCCGAAGAGCGACAUACAAAAGCAGUUGCUGGGCUCAACGAACCGAAGGCGAAACUCGUGAAAGCUUUGCACGAAGCGGAACUGUUAGAAGCGCGAAUUGCGAAAACAAAAGAGAGCAUUCGCGUGAAGAAAGAAGCGUUAAGCGAAGUUAAAGAAGAUUUAGGCGAAGCAAAUGAGGAGAUACAAGAAAAUAAGGUUGGGUUUCAAAUUUUUGUUUAUUAAUUAUUAAGUUUCGAGGGAGUGGAGCAGGGCCACAGCGACAAACAGAUUUUGUCUCGCAAUUGGGGAUUUGUUUCUCGAAGGGUAUUUUAGUAAACAGGCUAGCGAAUAAUCUGCAAUUAUGAGAUAACUUGAUCCAAAACAAUCACUAUUCUGUGGCGGUUUGGGGAAAAAGUCUGUAAUUCCGGGACAGGAAUUGAACCUACAGCCCUGCGAUUCCGGUACUUGUGCUCUAACCAACUGAGCUACAGAGUCCAGUUGUACCGCAAGUUCAUGUAUAUACACUAAGGUGUAAAAAAAUACCUGUGGUUCCGGUUUCAUAACGUGAAAAAUUAAGGUCGGUCAUGGUUUUGGUGGUUUUUUGCUGGGCGAUUUGCAGUAGAGUCCCGACAUCAAUAUUAACUAGAGAUGCGUAUUUCCUGUGGACGAAUUUAGGCAAUUUGGUUCAAUAAUUUAAUUUAAAAAGUAUUUAUAUUGCACUAAAACUAUAAAUAUUGGGUUGCAGGUGUGACAACGGACACCAUUUUGGCAUGCUGUAUGAGCAGCCUGCAACCACCUGGAGAAAAUAGGGUCGUACGGUCAAUCGCGUGGAAAAAAUAAUAGGGUCGGCAGAAAAAAAUAGGGUCGGUCGGGAACCACAUGUAUUUUUUUUACGCCUAAGGUGACGUUAUUCAGCAGUUAGAGCUUGACAACCGGACUCUAUAGCUCUCUUAGAACUCUUAAGAGUGCCACACCAGAAUCGCAGAGCCGUAGGUUCAAUUCCUGCCACAGGGUCUAUUUCUACAACAGCUCCCAGUGGUUAGGUCUAAAAUUAUAUAUAAUCUUUCUCUACAAAAAUCCUUACAUCCAAAAUACUGUCAAAUCCCAAACCAAAUGUGUUGUUGUGCUUCCAUUUUCAAGAUUAAAAUUUCUAUAAAAUUUUUAAGGAAAUUUGCAAAUCCAGGUAACACCUGCACCAUAUUUGGCCAUCAAAACAACUGCAAACUGCUCUAAUUCUUUCCGUCACUUUCAUUUGAUCUCAUGAUCUGUGAGUCUGCCUCAACAGCCUUUGAUCUUAGUUGGCUGUUGCAAUGUCCAGGGUUCAUAAUUAUGACUGAGUAUGUGCCCAAAAAUUCAUUUUACCUUUAAUCCAUUGAUUGCCAGCACUCUUCUCGUGACAGGUAAAGUUGUCUGGCAUUAGACAGAGUAACAUAACAAAGAGUGUAUUGUUGUGCAAUGCAUUAAGUUGUUGUUAACCCAUUAAGUUAUGCCCCACCCUAUUAUUUACUUUGUCUAAUACCAGAUGAUUUUAUCAAUGUACUUCUGUAUCUUAGGGAUGGAGAGCACAAUUCAAGGAACGCGAAAGCACCAGAGUAGAACAGCUCGAAGUGUUGGAAGACAAAUGCAAAGAUGCGAAAGAACUCCUCUUUGAAAACAACCGAAAAUUUAGUGAAGCGACCCGAUUGUUGGCCAUGAGAGAAUUCGACAUCGAAGCGGUAAUAAAUCGUAGGAAUGAGGCUCUCGAAGAUAUCAAGGAACACGAAGAAAUGCAGAAACAGAGCGCCGCACAAAUGAUACAUGUCGAGAAAAAAGGAGGCAAGACCGCUGAACGAAAGUUGGAAAAGGAGCAACGGAUCGAAGCGAUGGCCAGUCAGAUUGAGACGACAGAUGAUCUAACGGAGGAUGCGUUAAGAAGCAUCUCAAAGUUGGAAUUGAAACGCGAGUAUAUAUUGGAUCAGAUCAACUACUGGCACGAGAAGACAAAAAAACUGAAUGAUGAAGUGGAUAGAAUGAAUCAAGAGGACUGGGUUUCUUAUUAAGACAAAACUAACGUUACUAUGAAAUAUUGUUUUCCAUGCGUGUAAAUAACUAGCAUUUCACAUAUUCUUCAAGGUCUGAGCAAACUUUGCAUAAAAUUGCAAAAGAAUAUUCUGAUGGUUAUGGAGAUCCAAUAUGACUUGUAAAUUACCAACCUCGUAUCCAUAUAAAUAAACCUCGUACACACGUAAAAAUAUCACAUUUUGUAGCAAGUCUGCCAACAAGCCAUCAACAAGUUGUGCUGCCAACAAGUUUGGAACAAGCUGUUAACAACUUGUAACAACCUUGAUAUUAUCAGACUUGUUCCAAUAAGUCCGAACAGUCAUGGUAUAACAAUAUUGUUACAACCUUGUGUCGUCAACCUUGUAACAUUCUUGUUAUAUCAUGACUGUAUCGGACUUGUUAGAACAAACUUGUAACAAGUCUGAUAACAUGCCAUCAAGCAUGUUACAAGUUGUUAACAGCUUGUUGUAAACUUGCUACAACAACUGGGAACAAGCAGUGCGAACACAACUUGUCGACAGCCUGUGAAUAGAUUUGUAACAACUUGUUUGCAGACCUGUAACAAUUUGUGCUUUUUUAUGUGUGUAACCCUCGUUCCGCUAUGUUUAGGUUGGAAUAGUUCUAUGGAAAACAAUAUUCUAGUUAGAUCUAUCUAGUUAUUCAAAAUGUUUAGGAACGAACUUUCUCUAAGCCUCAUGUUAAUAGUAUAUUUGUGUUCAAUAUAUAGACCACAGUAAGACUUUUUUUGUAAUCUUAACUACCUGAAGAUGGAGUAAAUCUCCGAAACGUCGUUUGUUAAUGUAAUAAGCACGUUUAAAAAAGUCUUACUGUGGUCUAUAUAUUGAACACAAAAUAUCUAGUUAUUGUAAUUCAUUCUUUAGGUAG